UUCUGAGCAAUGCUCUAUGCAAGUAGAGCAUGUUGGUUGGUGAGUGGGCUCUACAAUCACUCUGCCAAUAAUCAACAUCAGACAGAAAGCAUUAGAAUGGCAUAAAAGGAGCGACAGUCAGGAAACGUCUACUGGAACUCACUCAUGCUGUCCUGACUCGUCAUGCUUCCACGAAGAGCUCCAUGCUGUGAAAGCAAAACUGGAAACUAGAAACAAAACUGAAAGAGACCGAAAGCCAGGUUCUGGUGCUUAAAGAGAAAGCUCAAUGGGGCUGUCAUCGCCAUCCUCAAAACAAAGGACAGCGUCGUAGUCGACUUGAAUGUUGAGCUCCAUCAUCUCGAUCCAUGAAAGCACAUCUGGAAAAGCUUGACGUCCAUAUUCUGUUCUUCAGAGGCGCAGCACUGCUAAUCAUGGUCAUUCCAUUACAAAACUUAACGCUGUGUUCGUGUUGCCGGAAGUGAGACCCAUAAUUGUGCAUCGAUGAGAACUUGGCGUCAACACUGAUUUAUGAAAACUUUCAGCACUGCAGCAGCAUUGAAAAAGCAAACAGAGCACAUACAACGGAGUUUCUCACUAGUUAACCAUUAACCAGGUAACUUGAAGCUUCAUAAAACCAACAAACAUCAUCCAGUCAGUGAGACUGGAUGAUGUUGGAACAGAACCAGGAUGACUUUCACAUUGUGGUUGUUACUGUGGUUCUGUGGUGUAACUUUGGCCCAGGAUGUUUUACCUCAAACAGAAGAAACCACUGAAACCGGGUCAUGCUUUCCUAACAUGUGUAAGUUCCUCAAAGAGUUUGGAGCCAUGAAGGAGAAACAAGAAACCAUAAAAGAGAAACAAGAAGCCAUGGAAACGAGGCAGAAGGAGACUGAAAACCAGGUUCUAGAACUGAAGAAAAAAGACGCAUCCAACAUAGCAUUUAGUGCUGCAACUGGUGGGAGUGGAACUCUUGGACCCUUCAACACAGACACGACCUUAAUCUACAGAAGAGUAAUAAUCAACGUGGGCAAUGCCUACAAUCAGCACACAGGUAUCUUUGCUGCACCAGUUCCAGGCAUAUACUACUUCAUCUUCCUUUACCAUGCUACAGGAUCACAAGUUGUCAAUCUAACCCUUAUGAAGAACAAUGAUGUAGUUGUGGCAACCUAUGACCACAAAACAUCGCAUGAUGGGGCUGAUAAUGGAGGCAAUGCAGCUUUCCUGCAACUGCAGCAAGGAGACCAUGUGUACGUGCGGAUGUAUGCGAACAGUCACAUCUGGCAGAACGAUCACAUCACCACUUUCAGUGGCGUUCUUCUGCGACCACUCUGAAAUGAACUACAUAUGAUAUUUUAAAUUGACAUUUGUGACUGUAUAUGAAAUAGACCAUCAAAUAUUGCAGCAGGCAUAUUGUGAGAGAACACAAACUAUUUCCCCCCCCCCCAUGUCCUCUGGGGGCUUCUUACCUUCCUUUUUCCUGAUAAGGCAGAUAAAGAACAUGCAGCACCUCCUUCCUGAAGGUACUAUCUGCCGCAUGCUCCUUACCUUCCUAAUCAGAUUGAUUAUCUUUAUCAUGUCUGCUGCAUGUUGUGUUCCCCACUGCAAGCCACACAGUCUCGCUAUGCCUCAUCAUCUCAGUCCAAUGUCCCAAAGAACUGCUGUAAACGGCAUCAAAGAGAAGCAUGGCGGUUGUGACAAGCUGAAGAGGGACUUUUGGAAAUGCUAGGAAAUUGUUAGAGUCAAGCAGGCGUUGUCAGAAGUGUGUCACCUGGUACUAGUCCUUCUUUCAGAUGAAAAUAAACUUUUCUGAUUUGUUCCAACUGUUGCAAUGCCAAAUGUAUCAAGACCAUUAAAUGCUGAGGUUAUGACCAUGA